AUCUGUCUGUUAGGGUAUUAAGUUAAGUUAACGUUGGCUGUAUUUAGCCUUCGUAGUCGUCCUCCGGCUUGUAAUAACCGAGAGCUAACGUUAACACAAGCUGCGUCUUUGCCAUAUAACGCCAUUUCUGUUGGCGGAGCUCCUAACGUUAACGUUAGCUGCCUUCAACACUUAAACAACUUACAUAACGUUACCUGGUCAAGCUUGUGCUUUGUUUCACACCUGGUUGAAACUAGAGAGCGGAAAAUGUCGUGCGGGCUGUGGAAAGAGACCCUGGCCCUGGCAGAGGACUACCUGUUCCUGUGCUGCAACAGCCCCCGGCCAGCCCCUCCACCUCCCAGCGAGUCAGCCACUGCCAUGAGGCGCCUGGCCCAGGACAUGGAGGCGCAGCACCAGGCUCGCUUUCACUCCCUCGCGCAGACCUUCCUGAGGCAGUGCGGGCCGGACCCCUGCUCCAGCCUCAGGAAGGUGAUGGAGGAGCUGGUGGGGGACGGACACUUGAACUGGGGGAGGGUUGUUUCCCUUUUCACCUUCACUGGGGUGCUGGCCAGACAGCUCCUGGAGCAGAAGGGCACGAAGCCGGGGCUGGACCCUGGGCAGGGGCAGGAACACGGACAGGAAUCUGGAAACUGCAGGGGACUGGCAGAGACCAUAGCUGAUUACCUGGGAGAGGAGAAGAGAGACUGGAUGCUGGAGAAUGAUGGAUGGGAGGGGUUCUGUAAGUUCUCCCGCAGUGCCAGAGAAGUGAGUCUGGAUUCGUCCAUGAAGAAAGCGCUGUUUGCAGCUGCUGGCGUUGGCCUCGCUGGACUCACCUUCCUCCUGGUGCGCUAGCUGGCCUUCCUGAAACACAUGCUAACGUGAUAGCUCAUCCAUGUUCUCCUCCUUUUAUUUGGCACAGUUACGUAGACAUUUUAAAUUCUAAUGUCAAUGCUGUAAAAACAGUGAAUUCAGGGUUGUAAUCUCAUCAAAUUCAUCAACUGAAUGUUUGCACAUCCUCCAACCCCACGCACACAUGCAUUUAAUACUGACAUUUUGUCACUUGCUCCUUAAGAUUGUAAAAAUGAUCUCAAUGCCUUCAGAAAUUUUGGAGUAAGUGACCUCAGUUUGCAUAUCUUAGACAGGUUAAUUAGCAAUUGUUCCGAGUCCUCUUGUUUUCUAAGCUUGUAUUUUCAGCUGUGUAGCUAAAAGACUUUCAGAUUUCAAAUUUCCCAACAGCUUCUGGUUUUGGUUUUAAAAUUGUCUGCUGCCUUUUGUUUACCUGAGUUGUGUAUGUGGUCUAGAGCCAUUCUAGUGUACAAUGUAUAAAUUAAUAUAUUAUAUUUAUAUGAAAUGAAACUGAUCCACAGCUAAUUCAGUUGUUUCAUUGUUUUCAAGUCUGUCCUACAUCCAUGUGAUGUUUACACAGGCUAUAUCCAGGGCUGAUGACCACACGGUGCUAAGAUAUGUUGAAAUCUUUCUCAUAUCAUUCCAACAAACCAGGGACCAAUCUGACUUAGAACAAACCUAUUGCCCCCCCUCCCCCCAGAUCUUAUAUUUUUUACAUUAUUUGUUCUAUUUAUUUGUCACAGUUUUGUUUGUUUGUUUUUUAAAUAAAAACAAAGUAAUCAUGA